UGCGGUGUACAGCGACAGCCAAUCAGACACUGCUACCUGCCCAGCUGCGGAGAAGGGCCUCUCUGGCUGCGGAAUAUAUAAGCGCAUAAUUAAAGGAGAUUGCAGGAUCCUUCAAGCAAUUAAUCAAAGACGAGCUGCGGUCCGCAACCAUGUCUCUCCAGGCUGAUUUCGAGAAGAUGGCAGAGGAUGUGAAGAAGGUGAAGUCCAGGCCAGAGGAUAAAGAGCUCCUUGAGCUGUACGGACUUUACAAACAAGCUACUGUCGGUGAUAAUCAUAUAGAUAAACCUGGGUUGUUCAACCCGAAAGCAGAUGCCAAAUGGGAAGCUUGGAAUUCCAGAAAAGGAAUGUCAAAAGACGAUGCCAUGACUGCUUACAAUGCUCUUGCAAAGGAGGUAAUCAACAAAUAUGGGAUGUGAAGAACACCACCCCAGCCGAAGUCAAUCACUACCUUUUUAUUUAGGGACCCAAGACGUCCUUCCACUCACCUGAGAAUGCAGACAGCAUAGAGGGUAUUUUCAGUAGAGGAUAUUUAGUAUUUUUAGUUUAUGUUCAAUUCAUUUAUGUAGCAAUUUGUUUUGUAUAUUUAACCUCUUAUUCAACUGAAUCUUAAUAAACUUUUUAUUGAUUUAAAAUGUA